AUGGCUCAGCAAGACAAUGUCCAAGGAGCCGGUUCGCCGACAUGCUCGGUCGAGGAGUUUACCAGUAUAACAUUCGACUAUAUCAUCUGCGGCGGCGGCACGGCAGGAUGUGUGAUUGCCGCGCGUCUGACCGAGAAUCCUGAAAUUACCGUUGGCAUUGUUGAGGCCGGAAAAUUUCGUAUCGGUGAUCCUCUUGUUGAUACUCCGGCCACGAAGUUUCAGCUCUACGGAGAUCCCGAAUACGACUGGUGCAUGUACACGGAACCGCAGAAAGAAAACCACGAUAUUAUCCACCAUAUCCCCCGCGGAAAGCUGCUGGGCGGCUCCAGCGGCAUCAACUAUAUGCUAUACGCCCGGGGCUCGCGACAAGACCACAACGACUGGGCUGAGCUGGUUGAAGAUGAAGGCUGGUCCGCUGAUAGUAUGCAAUACUACAUGCGCAAGCACGAGACGCUCGAGCCACUAGACUCCGCAAUCAAGAACGCCACAACCAUGCCGUUCGUCGAAGAAUUCCACGGCACUGGUGGGCCCAUUCGGACUAGUUUUAACGACUGGGCUCUGCCCGUGGAAUACGAUGUCAUUAAGGGAUGUGAUGAAGUUACCGGCAUGACCAAGAAACCGACCGACCCCUGGAGCGGCGAUCACAUUGGCUUCUACCACUCUUUGGGCUCUAUCACGCGUACGGGCCCGAACAAAGGCAAGCGCAGUUAUGCUGCGCCAGCAUACUAUGAGCCCAAUCGAACCAGGCCGAACCUCAAGGUCCUCUGUUCCACCUUGGUCAACAGGGUUGUCCUAGAUGGCACUAAAGCUACCGGAGUCAACAUCUCGAACGAUGGAAAGGAGUACGAAAUCUCCGCCCGGCGGGAAGUCAUCGUCUGUGGCGGUACACUAAAGUCUCCACAGAUCCUGGAGCUCUCUGGAAUCGGCGAUCCGGCCAUCCUUGAGGCUGCUGGCGUAUCAUGCAAGAUCGCAAAUCCCGCAGUGGGAACUAAUUUGCAAGAUCAUUUGGGCACCGUUGCCAUUUACGAGCUUCAGCCGGGCAUCACAAGCCUGGAUACACUGCUCCAAGUCCCGGAGGCCAUGCAGGCGGCACAGAAGCAGUACAUCGAGACUGGGGGUGGCCCGCUUGGCUCCACGAGUGCCAUGCAGGGCUUCUUCCCGGCCAAAUCGAUGAUGUCGGACGCAGAGCUGGAGGCGGUCAUCCAGAGUAUUCGCGACAUCCAGCCGACCAGCCCGUUCCAUGAAAAACAACUUUCCCAGGUCAUCAAACACCUGCAAAGCGACCAAUCAGCGAAUAUCCAGCUGCUCAUGAUGCCUGCGACCGCCAAUCCCGAUGGUAUCAAACACCAGAGAGAGCUUGCCCAGGUCCCACCCCCAGGUAAACCAGGUGGCAUAACCUUUGCGCUAUGCUUACAGUAUCCCGUUGCACGCGGCUACGUGCACAUCGAUAGUCCAGAUCCCACCAAGCAACCCGUCAUCCAGCCCAAUUAUGGUGGCCACGACGCAGAUAUCAGCGUCCUUGGUGCUGCCUUCCGCUGUGUAGACCGUGUUGCCCAAACAGAGCAUGUCAAGCCCUCUCUGCUCAGCCGCACUGUGCCCUCCCCGACCGUUGACCUGCAAGACCUCGCCAGCGCCAAGCGCUCCGUUCAUGACAUCCUGAUGGGCCAGUACCAUAUCUGCGGCUCCGUCGCGAUGGGUGACGCACUUGAUUCGCGGCUGCGGGUGAAAGGCGUCUCAGGGCUGCGUGUCGCCGAUGCGUCGAUCUUCCCGAACAACAUAAGCGGAAACAUCGUCAGUAGCGUCUACGCUGUCGCGGAGAAGGCGGCCGACAUGAUCAAGGAAGAUUGGAAUUUCCAGCCGCUGCGCGAGGCGAUGGCUUAA